AUGCGCUCCCUCGGUGUUGUCACCGCGGCGCUUCUCGCCGCCGUUGCCCAUGCUUCCACGCUGAAGCCGCCGGUUCUUCCGUUGAUCGUUAGAAAUCCGUACCUGAGCACGUGGCUCCAGAAUGCGCGAGAGGAGCCCUGGAGCAAAUGGCCCAUGUUUUGGACGGGCGCAGAGGUUGGAUUUGGCGUGCUUGCAUCGCUUCCUGAUUCAAACCAAGUAUUUCCGCUACUUGGGAGACCACAUGAUUCCUUGGACAAGAAAGACAAAGACUAUACGAUAGCCUACCCCGUAUACAAAGGCGCCAAAUACGACGCGUCCACUACCAAUCUCACCUACUCCCUCCAGGCAUCCGAAAAAUUACAAUCUGCAAAGAACGUUGAAAUUACCCUGUCCUUUCUCUCCCCCAUCACACCCACGUCAACUCUGCGACAGACGAUCCCAGCAGCAUAUCUCUCGAUACAUGUAGAAGGCAACGUCCAUGUCAAUGUAUAUGUCGAUGUGAAUGGACAAUGGGUCAGCGGCAAGAGGGAAAGUCUCAUAGAAUGGAGUCUAUUUCAGCACGUGGCACCCGAGCUUAAGAACAAGCUCAAGACGUGGCAAGUAAAGCGCCAGGUUGAGCAACUCUUCACAGAAACGAAUGAUCAGCCCGAGUGGGGUCAGCUGCAUUUCACAGGCCCAGCCGAUGUGCGUCACGAAUCCGGAACUUCGGCAUUGCUCCGCCAGAGGUUCGCCCGUACCGGGACCUUGCAGAACGAAGUGGAUGGAAAUUUCCGUGCCAUCAUGGAUGAGGAACCAGUAUUCGCCUUUGCAAAGUCUUUCAAGCUCGGAGAAACGAGUGCUGCGUCAAAGACUAACAGUGGUAGCGUUCUUUUCACCAUUACUCAUGUCCAGAACCCAAUAACACAAUAUGCAUCUGCACGCGGUCUCACCUUCAUGCGGCCCUUGUGGGAGUCCUGGUUCCCUCAGGAAGACAAGCUCAUUCAAUUUCACUACGGUGACUUUGACGUAGCCAAGAGCCUGGCAAGCAACUACUCUGAGCAGCUGCGUAUUGACGCUUACGAAUCCGGCUCUACCAACUACGUUGAUAUCGUCGCCUUGUCUGCACGGCAAGCGAUGGGUGCGACCAGCUUCUCCGGCACCAAGGAAAAUCCGCUGCUCUUCCUGAAGGAGAUCUCCUCAAACGGAAACUGCCAGACUGUCGACGUCAUCUUCCCAGCGUUCCCGUUCUUCCUCUACACGCAACCCCGGUGGCUGGCAUAUCUCCUUGAGCCGCUCCUUGAACAUCAGCUCAGUGGCCAAUAUCCCAACAAAUACUCAAUGCAUGAUCUCGGCGCGCACUUUCCAAAUCUUACCGGACAUGCCGAUGGAAGAGACGAGUACAUGCCUGUUGAAGAAUGCGGAGACAUGCUCAUUAUGGGCCUAGCAUUAGUCAACUCGUUGACCUAUAACUCUGGGUCAGAAGCUCAGUCUAUGUGGUCGUCGAUUGGUCACGAUGGAAAUUCGAAAGAGCAUAGCGAUAGCGUUUUUGGUCUGACAAGCGUCUCCUCACACGACGGAAUUGACUACAUUGAUGAAGUCUGGGGUGGAAAGACAAAGGGCAUCGACCAAGCUAAGAAAUGGCUUGAGGGAAGCUACGACCUAUGGAAGCAAUGGACCGGCUAUCUUGUCGAAGAUGCGCUGGAACCUCAUAAUCAGCUGUCUACUGAUGAUUUUGCAGGAUGGCUGCCACUUCAGACUAAUCUGGCACUGAAAGGUAUCGUCGGCAUCAAGGCCUUCAGCGAGAUUGCAGAUCUCAUGGACCGACCGGGUGACGCCGACAAGUACCGUAACAUUUCUGACACGUAUAUCAAAAAGUGGCAGGAAUAUGGCAUCUCGCGUGAUGGCACACACGCUAAGCUUGCCUAUAACUGGUAUGGAAGCUGGACGACGUUGUAUUCCCUGUACGCCGACGCCGUCCUGUGUUUCCACCCUACUUUCACAAACCCGUCAUCCAAAGUCGAGGGGCAAUAUUACGCAUCUGGCGACAACGAUGAGCAGAGACCUUUGACGCCCUCCAAGGGCAGCUCUGGCCGUACAGCGAUAACGCACGACUUCAUCCCAGACUCCAUCUACAGCAUGCAAAGCGACUGGUAUGCCAACGUCAUGCAAAAGUAUGGUCUGCCGCUCGACUCCCGCCACCUGUAUACCAAGUCAGACUGGGAAUUCGAGGCUGCAGCUGUCUCCAGCAAGAAGGUUCGCUCCGAGAUCCUAGAUCGUGUAGCCUUGUGGCUGAACGAGACGGUGACGGACCGACCUUUUACUGAUCUGUACGUGACUGAGGGUGACGGCGGCUUCCCUGGACCAUGGUUCUUUGCCAGGCCAGUUGUUGGAGGGCAUUUUGCGUUCUUGACGCUAGAGAGGGCAUGUGGCGGUAUGGGCAAGAAGUAGAAUCGUCACAUGCAUAUCAUGCUACAGACUGUACUUUCUAUGUGACAGUUGAUGAAGGAGGACUGUAGUAUGAUCUAUCCUUUUGUUGGCUAGCAGCGAAGUAUCAAGUCUGUCAUGUAUUCCGUGUUGCUGGCGUUAGUUCAGCACGUAUCAAUGGCCCGAGUAUUUCAAGAAAC